GUUACAGAUAAUCACAUCCUCGAUGCCUCAGAUUACGCCAAGAAACGACACACCCGGCACGUCACGCCUGGGUGGUUCCACCAUGCGGGUAAGUCUGCAGGUACAGACGCGAGAUGCAGCGCGGCGCAGCACAGCCGAAAAGCAAAAUUAAUAAUGACUCCAAACGGAAACACCAGGAUGGGCGUCAGCACCUUUUGA